GGAGAUUGGUUUGCGACAAUCGAUCUAACAGAUGCUUAUUUUCAUGUGGCUAUACACCCGAAACACAGGCAGUUUCUGAGGUUUGCAUUCGAGGGCGUAGCCUACGAAUACCUAGUGCUGCCGUUCGGGCUGUCGCUCGCUCCUCGCACCUUUACGAAAUGUGCCGAAGCAGCGCUAGCGCCCCUCAGAGAGAGAGGCAUCCGCAUCUUAGCCUACCUAGACGACUGGGCUCUCGUAGCUUGCUCCAGAGAGCAGGCGGGGACACAGCUGUCACUGGUUCUGUCACACAUUCAGACACUGGGGUUCUCUGUGAACUUUCAAAAGAGCUCGCUAAUCCCGAGUCAGCAGAUUUCUUUCCUCGGUUUGGAAAUAUGCUCGCUUUCCAGCCGCGCACGUUUGUCGGAGCACAGAGUGGCCGCGUUUCAUCGCUGCCUCGCUCAGUUUCAGCUGGGACGCAGACUGCGUUUCCAGACGAUAUUACGCUUGUUGGGCAUGAUCGCCGUAGUGCCACUUGGACUGUUAAAAAUGAGAGCAUUUCAACGCUGGACUCUCUCUCACCGCCUGUGUGCAUCGCGUCACCUCCGGAGGAGGCUGCCGGUAACCGCGUCUUGCAUGCUAGCUCUCCGUCCUUGGAGGGAGCCCAGGCUGCUGCGCUCUCUUCCCCUGUUGAAGCUGUCUCGCUCUCUGCUGUUAUGGUGCAGUGUUCAUUUUCUGUCUCUGAGAGCCACCCAUGUCCCGGGCCACCUGAACCUGGGGCCGGACCUUCUCUCCAGGGGGGGUCCUCUGGUGAGAGAAUGGAGGUUACACCCUUUAAUAGUGGCUCAGAUUUGGGAUCUAUUUGGCAAGGCGCAAAUAGAUCUUUUUGCUUCCAGGGUAAAUACUCACUGCUCCCUGUUCUUCUCCAUAAUCGACCACGAUGCACCCUUGGGCUUGGACGCGCUAGCGCACCAAUGGCCAGACAUGCUCCUGUAUGCAUUUCCCCCAGUGGAAAUGAUAUCUCCAGUUCUAGAGAGAGUGCGUCGGCAUUCCCUCUCUCUGAUUCUAGUGGCCCCUUGGUGGCCCACAAGGUCGUGGUAUGCAGAGAUAAUCAGCCUGCUAGCAGCGAGUCCUUGGCAGCUUCCUCUCCGCAGGGAUCUCCUCUCUCAGGCGGGAGGAGAAGUGUUUCAUCCGCGCCCAGAUCUGUGGCGCCUUCAUGCUUACCUGCUGAGAGGCUAAACUUGAUUGCUAAGGGUUUGCCACCCAGUGUGAUAGCGACAAUCCAGAGCGCUAGGGCCUCAUCUACUAGAGGCUUGUACGCUUACAAAUGGCGAGCCUUCGAGCAAUGGUGCCAGGACCGCCACACUCUCCCAUUUCAGUGCUCUAUUGUGGAUGUUUUGACAUUCCUGCAGGAGCUGCUGGAUAAGGGCCUUUCAUUUUCGACAAUUAAGGUUUAUUUAGCAGCUAUAUCUGCUUGUCAUAUUGGCUUUGACGGGGUGACACCAGGUGCACAUCCCCUCGCCAUACGUUUUCUGAAAGGGGUUCGCCGGCUGAGACCCGUGCUUAAGUCCAGUGUCCCUGCUUGGGACUUGUCUUUGGUGCUGGAGGCCCUUUGUAGCCCCCCCGUUUGAACCCAUCGAGUCUGUGGAUAUGAAAUUUCUUUCAUAUAAGACUGCAUUACUUCUCGCUUUGGCUUCGGCAAAGCGAGUGGGUGACCUUCAUGCGCUGUCCGUGCAUCCCGCCUGCACACAGUUUUCUCCUGAUGGCCACAAGGUCGUAUUGCGU